AUGAAAAAUGAAGUUAUAAAAGAAUUACUCAAACUGAAUCUAGAAUCAUUACCUGGAAUUUGGUUCAUCCAAGGCACAUGUAAUAUUUAAAUAUGAUAUCCCAGCUAUAAGAACGAUAAUGCCUAUCAAUAAUUUUCUCGAUGAUAUUACCACAAACUGUAAAAAAAAGUUAGAGGAUGAUUUUGAGAUUUAUGGGAAAUCAGAGUUAGCCCAAUGA